AUGUCUAACACACACUUGCUAGUGUUGUUUCUUGCCGCCGUGGCUCUCACGGUCACUACUCCCUCCAAUGCCGAUUACCAAAAGCCACCGGUUCCAAUUUACAAACCACCUGUUCCCAUUCACAAGCCACCAACUCCUCCUGUUUACAUACCUCCUCCAGUGAGCAAGCCACCACCCACAGAGCAAAAGCCACCGGUUCCAAUUUACAAUCCACCUGUUCCCGUUCACAAGCCACCAACUCCUCCUGUUUACACACCUCCUCCAGUGAGCAAGCCACCCCCAGAGCAGAAGCCACCGACCCCAGCUUAUAAACCUCCCCCCGUGGUGAAGUCACCCCCAGAACAAAAGCCACCGGUCGAGAAGCCACCAACUCUACCUCCCAAAACUGGAAAAUCUCCACCAGAGUACAAGCCACCAACCCCGGUUGAGAGGCCACAAGUACCAGAACACAAACCACCACCAAAGCACCUGCCAUCUCCACCUUACGGACACCCUCCCCCGGAAAAAGGUCAAGAUCCUCACAAGCCACCCCGGAAGGUUUUCCCUCCACCACCAUACGGGAAGCCACCUACAAAUGCCUAA